AUGGCGAAGCAACAGAGAACAGUUCUGAUCAUCGGAGCUGGCAUCGCUGGCCUCACAACUUCCCGCCUCCUCACAAACAAUGGCAUUCCCAAUAUUGUCUUUGAGGCAUCAACACCAGACCGCAGUCAAGGAUUUGCUAUUAGCCUUCAAGAAUUUGGAUACUCGACUCUCCUGUCUGCUCUGGGCGAUCUCCCUCUGAGUAGCCUGAUCAAAGGUGUCGCACCAGACCGGGUAAUUGGUGGUACCGGUUGGAUUGACCAGGCGCUGAGGGACAACCGAACUGGGGAGUUAUUAGUCGCACCAGAGCUCACAACAACGAAGCAGACAGUUGUGCGUGCGAACCGUAAUGCAUUACGCCAAUGGAUCGCAGAUUGCGGAGAUGAAGAGCUCGAUGUGCGAUACGGACAUAAACUGCAAAGGGUCGAGGGGAAAGCAGGUAACAUCACGGCUGUUUUUGAAAACAAAGCCAAGUACAACGGGUCUUUGAUUAUUGCCGCUGACGGCGUGAAUUCUACUGUCCGCUCCCAGGUUCUUCCCAGCGUGGUCCCCGAGACGAUACCCUUAAUCCACUAUCAUGGCGAGUUCCAGCUCUCCCGCACCAAAUUUGAUGAGCUCAUUAGACCUUAUAGUGGGCACUCCAAUAUUCUUGUUGGUGUUGGCGACCGGUUUAACACCCCGCUCUCAAUCUGCAAUAUGAGCAAGUCUCAUGUCCAUCUCGACUGGUCGUACUCACGGACUGUUAAGGAAGGAAAUGAUUUGCUGUAUCGCCCCAAUCUCCCCUCCGAGGAAGCAAAGAAGAUUCCCCUAGCUCUUGUCGAAGAGUUGGGAGCACUUGAUUUAGCGGGACCUUGGAAGCACUUCUUGAACCCAGAGUCCCUCAAAAGCCACCGUGUAUUUCAUUGGACUACUAGGUGCGUGUAUAUGACACAAGAUGAUGCCCGGAGCGCUGGUGAGAAAGGUAUUGUCUUUGUGGGUGAUUCGUGGCACGCGAUGCCUAUUUUUGGCGGCGAAGGAGGGAACCAUGCGCUCCUUGACGGUGUCGAACUAUCUAAUGCUAUAGUAACGGCUAUGGCUAGUACUGAAAAGGAUUAUUGGAGCAAGGCUGUGGCUAGCUAUUAUUCUAGCGCCUGGAAACGAUCACAGGAGGCUGUUCGGAGGUCAACCCAGCGCUUCUUCCUACUCCAUCGACCAGCGGCAGACUGGAGAGAGAUUGCAGAGAAGAAAAGAAGAACAACAUAG